AUGUCGGAUUUCGAGGAGACAAUUCGUAGAUUGCAAUCCGAAAAAGGAGUUUCGGGAAUUAUUGUGGUUGAUGUGGCUGGUGAGUGAAUAAUGCGAUUUUUUGAGCCAAAAUUUGAGGAAAAUUAUGAAAUUUGAGCUUUGGAAUGUUUAAAAUUGAAAUUUUUGUUUAAAAAACGUGGCAAAAUUGAACUUGAAAAAAAUCAAUUUUUGAAAUUAAAAUUUUUUGUGAUGAUUUUUUGCCACGUGGAAAAAUUUGAUAAAAACUUGAAAUUUUGGAGCAAACUUUUUGAAAAAAUUAACAAAAUUUGUAUGAAAAUGUUUAAAUUUUAGAAAAUUUCAAAAUUUUUGAAUAUUUCUCAUGUGGUGAUUCAAGUCGAAAAAAAAUAAUUUUAAAAAAAACAUUUUUUAUAAAAAAUUUCGAUUUGAAUUACCUCAUUUAAAUUCCAGAAAUUUUGAAAUUUUCAAAUUCCGCGCUCAAUUCUAUUAUCUAGAAAUUUCGGCGCGAAAUUUUUAAAAUUCAAAAUUAUGCAGAUUUGGAAACAUUUCCAAAUUUUAUAAUCUAGAAAUUCUAAAGUUUCGAGAAAUUUCAAAUUUCACCUCAAAAAAAUGCCACGUGGCACAUUUUGAGCCAAAAAUCGUGCUAUUUUCAAUUUCCACGUCAUCACAUCCUUCAAAAACAUCACAUUUUCUGCAGGCCGCGUAAUCCACACAACAAUGGACAACGACGCAACCCAAUUACACGCCGCCUUUCUCCAACAAUUGACCGAGAAAACGAAGACAACAAUUCGCGAGCUCGACUCAUCCAACGAUUUGACAUUUUUGCGACUUCGAACCAAGAAAAACGAGAUAAUGAUUGCGCCGGACAAGGAUAAUGUGAUUUUGGUGGUCAAGGAUUUGAGUUAA